AUGUAAAUAAAUAUGAAGCUUUUAACCUAAAUGAACGUGAAUAAAUUUAUUACUUUUAUAAACAAAAUAUGUGAAAGAAUCAUUAUUAAUCACAUGUGUACAAUAUAACAAACGAAUACAUAUGAAUUAAUGACAUUUUUGAAAUGUUAAUGAACGUGAAAAAUAAAAUAGUAUAAUGUAUUUCUUACAUGAAAUUGUAAAUAAAACAAGGAAGGAGGAGAAAUGCAAAUAUAAAUAGAGAAUACAAAUAUUUCAUAAUUGUUGUGUUUUAUAAGUAAAAGUUAUUUGAUAGUUUAAAAUGUCAGUGCAUCGGUAGCUUUUAAUUUCAAUUAACAAAAUGUUAUUUUUCAAUAAGUUUAUCAGUAUUUUGCACUGUAAAUCUCUUUAACAACAAUGCUUAGUAUGUGGCAUCAACAGGUAUUUGCUCUUGAUGCUAAAUAUAAUGCACAGCGAGUAAAUAAAUUGCCCACUUUAGGAAUGCUGUAUAUUCGUCGCAGAAAUCAAUUAUUAAAAGAAAAAUUCAGUAAGGAUCCAACAAUUAGAGAAAAUUAUUUAAAACUUAGAUCAAAGUUAUUAUUUUUAAGAUACGGAGAAAAUUUGGAACAAAAUAGUCUUAGCAGUCACACAACAGAGGAAGAAAAGUCAGAGAUUAAAAUAAAGUUGCACAAUGUACAAAGAAAAUCAACAGCAGAAAGUUUUGCUUUUGAAGGAGUACAUCAUGUUUUUGAUCAACAUAAUGCACCUGUAACAAUGCUUAAGUUUGCAAAUAAUGAUAGGUCUAAAUUAUGUUGCGCGUCAUUGGAUGGAUCGCUAUCAAUAUGCGAUGCUAUCGGUACACCUCCAAAAGUAAUAGCUUUAUUGGAAGGUCAUAAAAAAGGUGUUACUGCGUUUGACUGGAGUAUCAGUAAUGAUCUCAUAGUGUCGUCUUCUUUGGAUUGUACAAUAAGACUCUGGAAUGUUUCAAACCCAGAAACUGGUCCGAAUUGUUUAAGAACAGUUAACGAUCAACAAAGAGCAGAAGUUCUAUGCUGCGGAUUUAUACCCAUAAAUAAUAAUUUAGUCGUUGCGGGUAAUUCGCAAGGACUAGUACAGAUCUUAAAUAUAUCUACUGGUAUAUACACUCGUGGUGGUACUUGUAAAAUUGGAGGCAAAAUUUUGUCAUUAACUUGUGAAGGUAGUGGCGGUCUAGUGAUAUGGGCUGGAAAUGAUAGAGGAAUUAUUAUGUCUUUUCAAUUGGAACCAGGGAUGGGACGAUUAACGAAGUUACGGAGAGUACAAGAAAUCGGUGGAAUGAUAACUAGUCUUUCCUGGCGUUCAUGGCUUUCAAAGGACAAUCCAUGGCCAGCACUUUUAGUGAGCAGCGCGUGUAAUGUAGUACUGCUCUAUCACAUUAUUGAUAACCAUGGUUCUUUAUCUCUUUGGACAAAGUACCCGAUAAAACAUAAACAGCGCUUUGUGAGAUCUACUUUCUGUCCACAAAUGGAAACAUGUUUGAUAGCUACAGGUUCUGAAGAUGGUACAAUACAUUUAUUAGAUUCUGCAAGAGAAGGCAUGGCAGCAAAGAUUAAUAGACUUCAAGGUCAUGCAACAUCAACGCUUGCUUUGUCUUUUAAUUAUGACGAAUCUCUUCUUGCAUCUGCGGACUAUCAAGGACUUAUUAUUUUAUGGCGUAAUCGUGAACGUCAUAUAUAAAAGAAAUAAAAUAAUAUAGAAAAUAGUUUUAUAAAAAUAAUUGUUCUAAAUUUUAAAUAAAUUAAUUACUCUUAAAUUCAUCUUGAUUAUUUAAAAAAAAUGGUUUUAUAUAAACAUGUGAUGUUUACAAUGAACAAGUAGUAAUGGUAUAGGAAAUAAUAAUAAUGGAACAUGUUCUGCACAAAUCGGCAUCUGUUUUAUAUAACAAUAUAUUAAUUGUUCUCUAUUAAUAUCCUAUGUGUUAUAAUGAGCAUAAAGUUAGCAUUAUUAAUAAUAGUAAUCAUGAUGAUAACAGUAAUAAUAAUAAUCGCAAUGGUAGUAAAAUCGUAUAAUAACUGCAAUGCUAUUAAUAAUAUUCAUAGGAUACAUGUUUUUAAUUUUGAACAUAUAAUGAAAUUAUGUAUCGGUACAAGUGUUAAAUAUGUUAUUAUUUAUUUUUUGUCUUUUAUUAGUCUAAUCUAUUCCGUUGUUAUGCUAUGAGUUAGUUUUAUUGUAGCAAUAUUGAAAACAUUGAAAGAUGUUUUUUGUUGUGAAAGUUGCAAACCAUUAAUCAUAAUAAUUAACUUAUCAUUGGUAUUUGUUGUUCUAAUAAUCAAAUAAAUACUUACAUAUUGUGAAUUCAAUA